AUGGAAGUUUGCAUUUCUAACAAGAUCUCAGGCAAUGCUAAUGCUGGUGCAGGGACCACACUUAGAGCAUCACUGCCCUGGUUUGUCACAUUUUUAUUCUGCAAUAGGAUGGUCUUGGGGUCUCCACCUCCUGCUGAGAAACCCACUCCUGCCAUAAGCAGUUCUGGUACUAGAGUUCACUCGGGCCCCUUCUCAGGGGUGAUGAAGGGAAUUCAGGAGCAUCAAAGAACCACCUGGGCCCCACCAUCAGAGAUUGUUUCAGCAGAUAGGAGGUGGGGCUUGGAAAUCUGCAUUUGUAACAGGUACUUCAGGUGA